GGGUUCUUCACUCUCUCUACUUUCUCUCUCUAAUGUCUGUCUCACUCUCUUUCAUUAUCAUCAAUUUUCUCUGGACUCACCCCCAAUUCUCUUCUUAAAUACAACGACACACCCAGUUAUUCACUUCGAAAUUCCUAGAAUCAAACUCAGUCUUUCACCCAGUUCUCAGACUCGGGUUUGGAAUUGGAAGCCCCUUUUAUGAAUUCUGGGUUGUUCAAAUGGAUCCUCCACUCAUCAAUGAGUCUUCCUUCUCUGCGGCCAAUCCCUCCGCCUACUCACUAGCUGAGAUUUGGCCUUUUCCCGUCAACUCCGCCUCUGCAAUUGGGGAACCCACUGCCGGGUUGGGUCUCAGGAUCGCUAAUUUUGGCCAAAUUAUGGGUCAAUUUGCAGAUAGCUCUGCAAAUCGUGACGUGUCUGUUGAUGAAUCGACUGUGACGGAGCAGAGUGGGAGUCGUGGCGGUGGAAGGAAGAGGAGGGAUGUGAGUUCGGAGGAUGAGUCUUCCAAGAUUGUUUCUACUAGUAGUGGCAGUGGCAUGAAUGCAUCGAAUGGUAAACGUAUGAAAAUAUCAAGAACUCCUGAUGAAAAUGGUGGUUCAAAAGCAGAAUUAGAAGCUAGUUCAGUGGCUGGUGAAAAGCCCGCUGAAGAAUCUAAACCUGCUGAGCAGUCUAAGCAAGACUAUAUCCAUGUGAGAGCAAGAAGGGGUCAAGCUACUGAUAGCCAUAGUCUAGCAGAGCGAGCUAGGAGAGAAAAGAUCAGUGAGAGGAUGAAGAUGCUUCAAGAUUUGGUUCCUGGAUGUAAUAAGGUUAUUGGAAAAGCACUUGUCCUUGAUGAGAUAAUCAACUACAUCCAGUCACUACAGCGUCAAGUUGAGUUCCUGUCAAUGAAGCUUGAAGCAGUUAAUUCAAGGAUGAGCCAUACUGUUGAAGGAUUUCCUAUGAAAGAUCUUGGGGCACAGACAUUUGAUGCUGCUGCAAUGAUAUAUGGAUCACAAGCAACCAGGGAAUAUGCUCAAGGAUCGCAACCUGAAUGGCUACAUAUGCAGGUUGGUGGCAGUAUUGAAAGAGCAUCCUAGUGUUAUAGAGAAUUGUCAUCAAUGGGCAAUAAGGGAACCGAGCAGCAAAAUUAAUUCUUCAACAUGUUUCCUGAAGUCUAGGACCACUUUGUUAUUGGCUUCUACAUGUUAUCCAGAGUCAUGGUUCCUAAAUAUGUGUCAGUCCUUGCAUUUGUAAUCAGAACCCUAAAUCUUCCAUCGAAAAAUGCAUUCCAUCUCAGUAUGUGUCAUCUAACUCAAAUUUACUGUACUUAAUAUUGUAUCAGUCACCAAAUGGUGAAUGUAGUAUCUAAACAUUAAUAUAUGUAACCAAGGAUGUGCCUUAAAAGAAUUUCUGGUUCUCUUUCAGGUGUUAA